AUGGUCGAUAAACACCCACGCACAGCACACACACGCAACAGAGCUAAAUCAGAGGCCAGCUUAGGAGCGAGGAUUGGGCACAAGUUGUUUAAGCGCAAGGAAACGCAGACGCAGACACAGACAAGGACACAUUCACAGAUACAGUCACACUCACACCACGACAAGGAGAACGAGCAUGAGAACGAGCACGAGAACGAGCACGGCGCGGGUCAUCGGAAUGUGAGCGAUGACACGACGUUCAGACGAGAUCAAGACAACGACACACAAAGCAACACACAAAGCAACACCUCAUCCACGCACAAGGUCAAGGACAAGGUCACAAAGCAAGACCCGCAGCUGCGCUCUCACAGCUCAUUCUCACUGCUGGACAGACUCAGUGCGCGGAAACGCGUAAUCAGCCUGCCUGCACUGACACUAAGGCAAAGCGUGCAUGACGAGCGCAGCAACGCGAGCUCCUCUGCGCAGCGCUUGCCAUUACUGGAAGGCGACGAGAAGCUAGGAGAAACGGAGAAAGACGAGAAAGAGGCGAAAGAGGAAGCAGCGCGACUGCGACUGCGCGACCGCAAGAAGCUGCGUAAAUCCGAGGAGACGAUACAGAAAGUGAUGGCGAGGAAAGCUGAUUUGCUCGACUACGCACGUCGUCCACCCACACCUAAGCAGCUAUUCGACGCGUCGUGCUGUACGGUUGUAAGCGAGGAUGGGACGCCAGUGGCGUUUGGAUCGCUGUACAGCACCCGCCGCACAAUAGUGAUCCUUCUCCGACACGCAUACUGCUCACUGUGCCAAGCGUAUGCGCGCACUGCUGCACAACUCGACCCCACCCUCCCGAUCGUCUUUGUCACGCCGACGAGCCACAAGAUUAUUGCGUCGUAUCGCAAGCAGCUUAGUAUCCCAUUUGCAGUGUACAGCGACAGCUCGCGUCGGGUAUACGAGGCGCUGGGCGUGAAGCUGCGCAGUACGAAUCCAGGCACAGUCAAGGAUGUCGGUGGAUACACGCACAGUCUGAGCAGCUGGGAGAGCGUAUCUGUAGCUGCGAGACUCACCCCCACGCAUCCCGGCGAUACGAAGCAGCUGGGCGCCGAAUUCGUUCUGGGGCCGGGCGCAGGUGUCAGCUAUACGCACCGAAUGAUCACCACGCGUGGCCACGCGCCCAUCAAAGACGUCAUCCGGGCUGCACUCACCGGAGCGGGAGAGGGCGUAGAUGUAGGUUUGGGGGUGGGCGUGCCGCGUGGAAGAGUGGCUGGCCUCGCGAGAGAACGCGUCAUGUCAUCCCCGGGUGCUUUCAACUUCCCCACCCCUCCGACGCCGUUUACGACGCGCUUGCCUGCAGGCGCGGCACACCCGUCCAUGCCGAAUCUGCACCAAGUGGGCGAGGUAGGGAGCAGAGGUAGCAAUCAGAGCAAUCAGAGCAAUCAUAGCAAUCAUAGUGAGGAAUAUCAAGACAGCCUCGUCGACUUGACAGUCAGCACCAACACACCUUCUAUGCUUCUCGGCCAGACGCUCCCGUCGCCGUCGCCGUCGCUCGCGCAUCUUGGCCACUACAUCUCCCGCGGAUACUCGCAGUCGGGCGGAAGAGAGCCAAUCACGCCGACACUAGACGACGGACAAGUGCAUGUCGUUGAGCGGCCACAGCGCCCACCGCGUAACUUCUCGCGUCCUAGUAGUCUCUGGGUCAAGGAUGGAGAAGAGGAGGCUGCGGGUGUUCCACCUGUCCCGCCUGUGCCCAGUGCACCGCCGCAGAAUAGCUCCCACUCAUCCCUUCCUUACCCUGGGAUAGGCACUGAUACACCGCGGUUCCUCGAAAAUGGCCUGCGCUCACCCACUCCACCUACCCUCAAGCAUGGCAAGGUCGAAAUGGCUCAACCUGACCAGGACUUUUUCGAAAUAUACGCCAGUUACGAUACAGUCUUUCGCGACGAUAGCUAUACUUUCGAACCAAGCGCUACGUUCGCAAGCCUUCGUGCUGCGUUUGAGAGCGAUGUCGAGCGUGUUCAUUGCGACGCGGAGAAUGAGAAGCGGGAGCUUUUAGCGAGCCGUGGUGAGCAGGUUGAUCAAGAGAAGAAUAAGCGGGAUGAGCAGGAUGAGCAAAACACACAGGAUAAGGAAAACAACCAAAACAAGAUCAAUUCUCAGACCUCUAACAUAAACACCCACACACCCAAACAAGCCGUGUUGAGCUAUAGCUUGGAUGAAAAUGCAGCACGCGAGAUGGAGGUUGAUAUUAAUAAUAACCACAAUAAACGCGGGAGCAGCAUUAUCAAGCGCAUCGAGAACACUGCACGCCCACAACUACACGCCGUCUACCCGUCCAGCGAAUUCGAUAGCAGCUUUGGAGUAAAUAGAUUUAACAGUAUUCCGCUGUGGAGACCACGGCUGCGAUAA